AUCAUCGACAGCAUUCAUGCAUACACUAACAGCAAUUAUUCUAAGUUGCACGAUUUUCAUCCUCUGCGCACCAGUAGGUGUACAUGCCUUCGGUGCCGGAGACAUACCGGACUUCUCUUAUUUGAAUGACAAGGCCUUCCGACAUGGUGAUAUCGAGGGGAUCCUUGAGAAUCUUGCAAAGACCGUAGCGGGUGCCGCUUCUGGAGGUGGCCUUCUUGGAUUCGCAUCUUCAGUCCUAUCCAGUGCUAAAGGCGGCGAGAAGUUUGGACGAUUGGACGUUAAGCGUGUUUAUUUCGGCAACUGGCUUCGAGAUUAUUCACAGGCGAUGGACAUUGCGGGUCUGAGUAAAUUAUCUGCGGAAACUAUUGUCAUGAUCAUCUCUGUUUUGGGGUUCAUGACAUUCGGCUUUGCAACGGAAGAGUUUGAAGUCACAGCGGACAGGCUGUCCGUAUAUCUGCCUGUCGAACAUAUCGACAAUCCGAAAGGAUAUGCUGAGAAAGAAGGAGACGCCCGACAGUUCCAUCCCAAACUGAGGCCCCCAGUUGAUUCACGCGAACUUGAAAUUGAUGAACGCACUGGAAUGAAGAAUUACAUGGCAACCGAAAACGAAGGAUGGGAUACGUCUACUGCUCAUAUUCGCCGCACGUUUGAGGCUUGCAUCGAGUACGGCAGACGUGCACGAGGCCGUGAGGGCAGUGAUCUCUGGGAGGCUUAUCGGCUCUUGGGUACAGGUCUACACACGAUGGAAGACCUACUCGCGCAUAGCAAUUGGUGCGAGAUUGCCUUGAGAAAAAUGGGUCACUCUGAGGUUUUCUGCCACGUCGGUGACAAUGUGAUCGUUCAAACGCCCGACGGCCCAGCACCACCUUUAAUCACUGGUACAUUUGGUAGUGCUGACUUCAUCCACUCACUCAUGGGCGAAGCAACCGAUCAUAUCAGUGAAGCAAGUGUUACGAACCUGUUCGACAAAAUGAAGCAGUCCGGAGAUGCCGAUUCUUCAUUUGAGGGACUCAGAGCUAUCCUCAGCAAGCUCCCCAUUGGCGGCGGAUCUGAGAAGGCGGAUGAAGCUGCGAAUCUCAAGCAGAAGGCUUUCGACUUCAACCCAGAUAAGUAUGCACCAAAGGAGGUCCAAGAUCAAUUACUUCAAAUUCUUCGAUGGCGGGAUGGUGUCUAUCGAGACAUCGUCGAGAAGAUGGAAAUGAUACCAGGGUUGAAUGACUUAAUUGACCAACUUACCAAUGCGCUGAAUGCGUAUAUAUAUACACUCCUGGCUCCGUGGCUGACACCAAUCAUGCAACAAGUCACUGGAGCUCUCAGCGAGGGUAGCAAAGCGGUCAUCGAUUCUGACGAUCAGUAUGAGGUUAUCAGUAAUCCCAACGCCAGUGACCCUAGUCAUUCAAUCUUGUCCAAGGACCAUUUCUCGCUUAUUCUGAACGAGCCAGCUGGAAAGAUUGCUCAGGUUGUAGUUGAGAACAGUGUUAAUCUUAUUGUUCAAGCUUGGUUCAACGACGAGCAUCCCAGACGUGUGAUCGACGAGAUCCUGGAGGCCUUCCACCACCCAUACUAUGCCACAGGUAGAUCAAGAAUCCAAAACGCAAUGAUGGACCAAAUGCAACGUUGGUUUGGUGGCUUGGGAGAGAGCGAGGGAAGCGAAAUUAUUCAAGCUUUGACCAAGGAAAGCGUCCGUGAAGGUAAAAACAAACGCCCAGGAUCUGAUGAUGGGUCUGGGGAGCCGGGCGCAGCACCCACGUACACACAGCAGCGUCCGCAGACGCAGAGCUCCGGUUACGGUCGGGAAACUUAUUCUGGUGGAGGUUACGGUGGGACCACCGAUACGAGUUCUUACUCACGUCGAGAUGAUGGCAAGGAUGGAGCAUAUAGUCAGGGUAGACAACCUUAUGGUGGUCGCCAGAACGACCCAGAGUAUUCAUCGAAUGCUGGACAAUACUCCAGACGUGGCGAUGAGGAGCCAUACGGCAGAGCUCAGGACACGUACGGAGGUCGUCAGAGCGAUAACGAUUACACAUCGCGAUGCAGUGAAGAUACGUAUGGACAGCGCCAAGAAGUUUACAGGGGCCGUGAGGAGAGCGAAGACUAUGGACGUUCUGAGGACUCGUACUCUCGUCGUACAGAGACACGUUACGGACGUGAGGAUACCGGUGACGGUUACGGAGGUAACACUCGUUAUGGGCGGGAGGAGUCCGAGUCCUACGGCCGUUCGGGUCGCCUCGAGACGUCUUCUUACGAUUCCUAUGGCGGUUCUGCCAACAGAGGCGAAGGCGAGGAAUAUGGCGGUCGUGGGUAUCACGGAGGCCGUCAGCAAGAAGAACCGGAAUAUUCUCGGGAAGGCUACCAGCCGUCAUAUUCUCAGACCGGAUACGGACGUGGAGGAGCCGAGUACGGACGUAGUGAAGGCUAUGGAGGCGAAACACGCGACGAAGGUUAUGAUCGGCGGCAAGCGCCUAGAGAUGAGGGUUACGGCAGCUACGGAGGAGCGCCUCGCGAGUCUACCGGCGAUGAAGGAGGCUUCGGUAGUUAUGGAGGUGGCGGCGACGGCCGUGGCGGAGGUUACAGCGGCGGAUAUGAUGGAGGUCGUGGAGAAUAUGGAAAUGAUGAGACGUUCGGAGCGGAGCGUCUGAACCUAGAAGACGAUGGCGAGCGGCGCAGAUCCCCCGGUCGGGACGAGUACUACUAAGAGAGGGUGAUAGGCGGCAGAGAGGAUUGGAUUCACACAGGCCGGGACAUAAAUAAACAGAGUUUGUAGCACACACAGGGCCAUUGUACAAAUUGAAUCAAUGAAUGUGGCUGAGAAGACAUCAGUUACGUAAC